CAAUCAUCAAAUUCUCAAUUCUCUGUCACCACAACUUUAUUUUUAUUUUUCUUCUCUCUGAAUUCCAAUUUUCAAGAAAAUGGAAUUGAAAAAAUCCCUUUUUUUAUUUUCUUUUUUGUUCUUAAUUCCAUUUUUUCAUGGAGGAAUAACAACAGCCAUUGCUGCAACAAAUCAAGAUUUUUCUGAAUCAUGGGGUUAUGUUGAAGUUAGACCAAAAGCCCACAUGUUCUGGUGGUACUACAGAAGUUCAUACAGAGUUGAAGAUCCAAAUAAGCCAUGGCCAAUAAUUCUUUGGUUACAGGGUGGACCUGGAGCAUCAGGAGUUGGAAUUGGGAAUUUUGAAGAAAUUGGGCCAUUGGACACUAAUCUUAAACCUAGGAAUUCAACUUGGUUGAGAAAAGCUGAUCUUCUUUUUGUAGAUAAUCCAGUUGGAACAGGAUAUAGUUUUGUGGAGGACAAAAAGUUAUUUGUGAAAACAGAUGUGGAGGCAGCAACAGAUUUGACCACAUUAUUAAUUGAUAUAUUUAAUAGAAAUCAAAGUCUUCAACAAAGUCCUUUAUAUAUAGUAGCAGAAUCUUAUGGAGGAAAAUAUGCUGUUACUCUUGCACUUUCAGCCUUGAAAGCUAUUCAAUCUGGAAAAUUAAAGCUCAAACUUGGAGGAGUGGCAUUGGGUGAUACUUGGAUUUCACCUGAAGAUUAUGUGUUAUCAUGGGGCCCACUUUUGAAAGAUGUAUCAAGAAUUGAUAGGAAUGGCCUACAAAAAUCAAACAGUUUAGCUAAAAAAAUAAAACAGCAAAUUGAUGCUGGCCAAUUUGGAGCUGCAACAGAGUCAUGGGGCACACUGGAAUCCAUCAUAAGUAAAAGCAGUAACUCAGUGGAUUUCUACAAUUUCAUGUUGGAUUCUGGAAUGGAUCCUGUAGCUUUAACAUCUUCUGAAUUAUCACAAUCAAUUGGAAUGAAGAGAUAUUCAAAAUAUUUACAAUUAUCUAGAAUUACUCCUGAUAGUGAUGGUGAUCUUGAUGAUUUAAUGAAUGGUGUUAUAAGAAAAAAAUUGAAAAUUAUUCCAAAAAAUGUUAGUUGGGGAGGACAGGCUGGUUCGGUUUUUGAUGCUCUAAAUGAUGAUUUUAUGAAACCAAGAAUCAAUGAGGUUGAUGAAUUAUUGGCCAAAGGGGUGAAUGUGACUGUGUAUAAUGGACAACUUGAUCUCAUUUGUGCCACUAAAGGAACAGAAGCAUGGGUGGAAAAGCUAAAGUGGGAAGGUUUAAAAACUUUCUUGAACAUGGAAAGAAAUCCAAUUUAUUGUGGAGGUGACAAAAGUACUAAAGCUUUCACCAAAUCAUACAAGAACCUUCACUUCUACUGGAUUCUUGGAGCUGGCCAUUUUGUACCAGUUGAUCAACCUUGUGUGGCAUUAGAUAUGAUUGCUAGCAUCACCCAAUCUCCAGCAGUUUCAAAAAAAUAAGUAAAUAGGAACUCAAAAAAAUUAAAGGUGAACAAUAACUAUAGGAAUGAGAAAUGUAACCCAAACAAUAAAUCAAGUAAUUGAAAUUGUGUUUUUUUCUAUCAAGAAAGUAAAGUAUUUAUUUCUUGUA